GAGCGUAUGAAGGUUUGUUGCACGUGCUUGCAGAGCAUCUUUAAACGCUGAAUUCAAAAUGCAAGGAUACUCUCAAGAAGCUUCGCCACAGCCAUUAGCGAUAGUUACAGAUGAAACUGCAAGCUUUUACGAGAACAGUCAUUCAAACUUCUCAAGACCUUUGCGACGGGAGGAAUACAAGGCCUGUGUUAAGAAUGUUCCUAUUGAUAUGUCUAAGGAGAGUCUUGAAGCACUUUUCAGAGGCUGUGGGAAUGUUGCAUCGGUUCACAUUUUGCCACCAAAACCUGGAUGGAACAGCACCAUAAGUUUUGUAGCAUUUUCAUCAGAGGACGAGCUCAGUAAAGCACUAGAUACCAUGAAUGGCACUUCUUUAGGAGAUCACUGUCUUAAAGUAGAAGUAGCAGUUCCUCGAGACAGAAUUACUAGGACAUCAGGAAAAGAUUUUCAACAUCCUGGUGGUUAUCAGAACAAGCAACUAUUUUUUCAAAGGAGUAAAUCAGAACAACAACCUGGCAGAGGUCAAUUUGAGCAGCUUGGAGGAAGGGGACCAUAUCAGCAGCCUGGAGGAAGAGGACUUUAUCAGCAUACUGGAGGAAGAGGGAAAUAUGAGCAGCCUGCUGGAAGAGGACAAUUUAAGCAGCCUGGAGGAAGAGGACAAUUUGAGCAGACUGGAGAAAUGGUCCCACAUCAGCAGCCUGGAGGAUGGGACCCAUAUCAGCAGCCUGUGGGUAGGGGACAGAAUGGGCAGGCUGGAGGAUGGCAACCAUAUCAGCAGCCUGAAGGAUGGGGACCAUAUGAGCAGGCUGGAGGAAGAGGACCCUAUGAGCAGCCUAGAGGAAUGGGAACAUAUGACCAGCCAGGAGGAAGAGGCCAAUACAUGCACCCUGGAGGAAGGGGGUCAUAUCAUGGACACCAGUCAGCUGUAAUGAUGAGACCAUAUCAAAACACUGGUGUCAGAGUUGAGCAAGCAAUUUUCAAUCCAAGAGGACCUGGCCGAGGAGUGGGAAUGAUGCAAUCAUUUGGUCCUAGCAGCGAAGUUGUGCCGGGUGGUGCUAGCAGCAUCCUGAAUGGAGCAACAAAUUCUUACCCACAUGAAGCUGAAGCUUUGCAGAAAAAUGGAGCACAAUAUCUGUGGGAUGAGACUGGAGGUUCAGACAUACAACAAUUGACUGGACGGUUACCUCGACAUAGUGAGACAGAAGAUAAUACGACCAACCCAACACCACAUGCAACAGUGCAAAAUGGAUCUGGGAACAGAAUGCCUCCAGUUACAUAUAUUCCACCAGAGCUUCCAAGUGACAUCAAUGAACUUUUCCAGGAUGCACCACACAGUGGAUUGAACUUUGAUAAGUAUGAUGACAUUCCUGUGAAAGUUACUGGCAAAGGUUCUGUUUCACCUAUUUCAUCUUUUGAGGAAGCUGGGAUUUUAGAACAAUGUUUAAAAAACAUCAAGAGGGCACAAUUCACCAAACCAACACCUAUUCAGAAGUAUGCUAUUCCUAUAGCUCUUGAAGGCCGAGAUCUCAUGGCCUGUGCUCAAACAGGCUCAGGAAAAACAGUAGCAUUUGUGGUACCGGUGUUGACUGCAAUGAUUAAACAAGAUAAUCUUAGUGGUGGCUCUUUAACUGGUGAAACUCCUGCUCCAUCAGCACUUUGUAUUGCACCAACUCGUGAGCUUGCUGUUCAGAUCUUUAAGGAAGUGUGUAAGUUUGCUGAUGGAACUGUUGUGUGUCCAGCUGUUUGUUAUGGUGGAGUAAAUGUUCAUCACCAAUUGACUAAGAUAAGAAAAGGAUGCCACUUCUUGAUUGCUACUCCUGGAAGGCUAGAGGACUUUGUUUCCCAAAGACAGAUAAGUCUGGAAAAAGUUCAUUACCUAAUUUUGGAUGAAGCAGACCGUAUGUUAGAUAUGGGAUUUGAACAAACAGUUCGUAAGCUUGUGGAGAAUUGUGGAAUGCCUGGUAAAGUUCACAGGCAAACACUCAUGUUCAGUGCAACUUUCCCAGAUGAUAUUCAGCGUCUAGCAGCAGACUUUUUGAGGGAAGAUUAUCUUUUUGUUAUUGUGGGUCGUAUUGGAGGAUCAAAUUUGGACAUCAGUCAGACAGUUAUUUCUGUACCAGGAGACGAAAAACAAGAGAAACUGUUUAAUAUUCUGCUUAACUCAGGAACAGAUCGCACCUUGAUAUUUGUAGAGCUUAAACGUGUAGCAGAUUUCUUGGCUUGUCUCCUCUCUCAAAAUAACUUUCCAACCACAAGUAUCAGUGGGGACAGGACACAGCAAGAGCGUGAAGCAGCCUUGCAGGACUUCAGAAGCGGUCGAGCUCCUGUACUUGUGGCGACAUCAGUGGCAGCACGAGGUCUAGAUAUACCUGAUGUAAAGCAUGUUAUCAACUUUGAUCUUCCUCAGGACAUAGAAGAAUAUGUCCAUAGAAUUGGUCGGACUGGUCGGAUUGGUAACAAAGGAAGAGCUACCUCCUUUUUCCAGCCAGGGAAAGAUGAAAGGCUUGCCCGCAGUCUGGUUAAAGUUUUAUCUGAGGCAUAUCAAGAAGUUCCAGAUUGGCUUGAGCACGUUGCAGAAGAAGCUAUUGGUUCGUCAUAUGGCCCUGCAGGUGGAAGAUUUGCCUCCAAAGAUAGAAGAGAGAGGGAACAACUUAAAGGCAGUGGUUCCCGAGAUGUGAUAGGGGAAGUCAACAGGCGCAUGGAACAACUCGAUGUUCAGUCACAAAACAAACAUCCUCGUGGGGAAGUGAACAAUUCAACAGAUCUGUCAGGUUACCCGGAUGAGGAAGAAUGGGACUAAGUCGAAUUUUUUUUAGCGACCGGAAUCCAGAUGGAUAUUUACUGUUUGUUGCCGUGCAUUAAGAAAAAAAGACAACCUAAUGUUUGUUUCUGUUUUUUGAAGUAUUCGUUGAAGAUGUAAUGAGUUUGUUGGGUUUUUUUUCUUCUUCAAUGCCGGGGAACUGGACACGCUUGGUCGACCGAAUCUGAUUAACUUCAAGGGGCACCACGUCCAUACUACCCCUCGUGUAAUCUCACGAACAAGGUCGUCGUGUAAUCAGACGUUGUUUGAUUGAUUAUCGUGUACAAGCUGUUGUCCCGUAGAAAAUGCAUUCCUGGCAUUCUUGUAAUCUGUUUUUCAUUGCGAGGUUGUAUCGUGCCUGACGUUUCUAUGGUUACCUUUUCUUACGAUUAUUAUUGUUAUUGUUGCGUUUUCUAUUGAUGUAAAUUCACAAAUGAAUCAUUGCAGUUUAAA